UAAUUUGGGUUAGAAGCCACUUGUGGUCCAGUCUGGUCUGAUGUGUUCCAGCCUCCUUAGAUAGGGGGCGCUGUUUCUAAAAUGAGUCUCUCAGAGGAGCCAAAGACCAAAGGAGGAACCCUCAGCACUGAGAGGAAGAGGGUCCAGGUAGAAAGAGCAGGGUCACCUGUACCCAGCUGUCUGUCUAUGAGGAGUGAAGAGUCAAUGGAGAAGGUACUCAACUUCAGAGGAGAGUUACCAAGUGAUUCAAGGGUUCAGGUAGAAAGAGCAGGGUCACCUGCACCCAGCUGUCUGUCUAUAAAGAGUGAAGAGUCAAUGGAGAAGGUACUCAACUUCAGAAGAGAGUUACCAGGUGAUUCAAGGGUUCAGGUAGAAAGAGCAGGGUCACCUGCACCCAGCUGUCUGUCUAUGAAGAGUGAAGAGUCAAUGGAGAAGGUACUCAACUUCAGAAGAGAGUUACCAGGUGAUUCAAGGGUCCAGCAGUCACUGGAGUCCAGAUCUUUUGAAGAGAAGAGUUCUGAGAAAUGUUCUUUCCCAAACCAGUCUCUCCUGAGCACACUGAUGAAGCUGAAGAAGGACAAAAAGUUGAAACUCUUUCAGAGCCAUCUGAUUCAGGAUUGUCCAGAAUGCUUAACGAGUCUGUCUGAAGAUCCUUCUGUACUGGUUACAUUUAUGAAGAUGAAGGAUUUGUUCAAGAGUCAUCAGAUUGCUGAUUACCCAGAAUGCACUGAGAGAGAGCAGGAGGAUCCUGAGCCCCUGUACAUAGUUGAGAAGAUGCUGGAGACCUGUGGCAGUGAGAGGUCUCUGAAGAUCACACUCCACAUCCUGAAGAACAUGAAGCAGAAGGAUCUCGCCGACUCACUGGAGAGAGAUGAGCAGCACAAUGAAUUCAUAAAAAGAACCCAGCAGGCACUGAAAACUCAUCUGAAGAAGAAGUUUGAAUGCAUAUGUGAAGGAUUAGCAAAGCAGGGCCACCCAACCCUCCUGAAUGAGAUCUAUACAGAGCUCUACAUCACAGAGGGGGGAAGUGUGGGGGUCAAUAAUGAACACGAGGUCAGGCAGAUUGAGACAGCAUCCAAGAGACAAACCACACAGGAGACUGCAAUCCUCUGCAAUGACAUCUUUAAGCCUUUACCUGGACAAAAGAAACCCAGAACUGUGCUUACAAAGGGCAUCGCUGGCAUUGGGAAAACUGUCUCUGUGCAGAAGUUCAUUCUGGACUGGGCAGAAGGAAAAGCCAAUCAGGAUGUUGAUUUCAUCUUCACUCUCCCUUUCCGAGAUCUGAAUUUGAAGAAGGAAAGAGAAUUCAGUCUCUUGCAACUUCUGCAGCACUACCUUCCACAGCUGAAAGAGAUCAAAAGUGUUGAAGGUGAUGAAGUAAAAGUGGUGUUUAUCUUUGAUGGUCUAGAUGAGUGUCGACUUCCUCUAGAUUUCCAAAGCAAUAAGAACUGCUGUGAUAUAACAGAGUCAUCGUCAGUGGAUGUGCUGCUGACCAACCUCAUUAAGGGGAAUCUGCUUCCCUCUGCCCUCCUCUGGAUCACAUCCCGACCAGCAGCAGCCAGUCAGAUCCCUCCUGAGUGUGUCCACCAGGUGACAGAGGUACGAGGGUUCAAUGACCCACAGAAGGAGGAGUACUUCAGGAAGAGAAUCAGAGAUCAGAACCUGGCCAGCAGAAUUAUCUCACACAUAAAGUCAUCCAGGAGUCUCUCCAUCAUGUGUCACAUACCAGUCUUUUGCUGGAUUUCUGCUACUGUUCUGGAGACAAUGUUGGGUGAAACAGAGAGUGGAGAUCUGCCUAAAACUCUGACUGAAAUGUACACACACUUCCUGCUCAUUCAGACUAAUGUGAAGAAUAAGAAGUAUCAUGGCACUGAUGAGACAAACCCAGAGAUCUCAGAGUCAGAUACAGAAAUCAUUCUGAAACUGGGACAGCUGGCUUUUCAACAGUUGGAAAAGGGAAAUCUGAUAUUCUAUGAAGAGGACCUAAGAGAGAGUGGCCUUGACAUCUCUGAAGCUUCAGUGUACUCUGGGGUGUGCACAGAGAUCUUUAAAGAGGAGUGUGGGUUGUACCAGGAGAAGGUCUACUGCUUUGUGCAUCUGAGCAUUCAGGAGUAUCUGGCUGCCUUGUUUGUGUUUCAUUCAUGUGUAAAUGUGAACAGAAAUGUACUCAGAGCAGAAGAAUCAAAACCUCACAGUGACGGACUGGAGCUGUCUGAGUUUCUCAAGACUGCAGUGGAUAAGGCCUUAGGGAGUAAGAAUGGACACCUGGACCUUUUCCUUCGAUUCCUUCUUGGCCUCUCUCUGGAGUACAUUCAGUCUUUCUUAGGGGGAAUAAUGACAGGAAGUCGAUCUGAUGCAGAAAGACACAAAACAAGACCCAGUUCUACUCUAUUUCUCGGUCUAUGGGCAGAAAGCAGAUCACAGAGCAUUGAAAAAACAGUCCAGUACAUUAAGAUGAAGAUCAGAAAGGAAUCUUCAGCAGAGAGGACAAUCAAUCUGUUCCACUGUCUCAAUGAACUGAAUGACAACUCUCUAGUGGAGGAAAUCCAGAAUUACCUUAAAUCAGGAAAACUUUCUGAUACAAAGCUGGAACCAGGCCAGUGUUCAGCUCUGGCCUUUGUGUUACUGAUGUCAGAGGAUAUCCUGGAUGAGUUUGACUUGAAGACGUACAACACAUCAGCAGCAGGUCAUCAGAGACUGCUACCAGGAAUCAGGAACUGCAGGAAGGCCAAACUGAACAGCUGUGACCUCACAUGGAAGUCCUGUGAUAUUGUGGCCUCAGCUCUCCAGUCAUCAAACUCACCCCUGAGAGAUCUGGACCUCAGCUACAAUGACCUUGGAGAUUCAGGAGUGAAGCUGCUCUGUGUUGGACUGAUGAGUCCAAACUGCAAACUACAGAGACUGGGGUGAGUAGUGCUCUGUACUGU